GUCGGUGGCGGCGUUGGCCACGGCGACGGCGACGGCGACGGCGACAGCGCGUCUUCCCGCCGAGGAUUCGCACUCGCGCGCCUCGACCGGCGGCUCUUCGGGGCGCUGAACUUGUGGUUCAGCCCCGGCCUGGUGCGCGUGGACGAGGUCGGCGCCGGCCCGCCCGAAGAGGUGCGCGAGGCCUCCCUGGCCGUGGCGCGGGCGGCGGCGCCGCACCUGGUGGGCGAGUCGCUGCCAGACGCCGGCCCCGGGCGCCGCAGGUGCUUCGCGCUGGGCCACGGGCAGAUGGGCCUGCCCGGGAGCCAGGACGGCUGUCCUGCCGCUGCUGCUGGCCCACGCCUCCCUGCUGGACGGCCCCGCCGCUUCGCUCGCGGAUGCUGCCGCGCCGCCGCGCGGGGAGCUGAAAGCGCCGGCCACGGCUUGCAUCUGGGCGCUGGACGGGGUGCCCGCGGAUUCCUGAUACCGCCGUCGAGUGCAUGGGCGGAGCGCUCAGCUUUGACGCCGACGUUGGACGAGGGGUAUGAGGACGACGUGGGCGACUCGAGGAG